AUGGCGGCUGUUUCGACGGCAAUUCAAAGGCUUCCAGGAAGAAAAAUAACGCUCGUCAGAGUCACAUCCUGCGCGCUGCUUCUUCUCGUCGUCUCCUCCCUCAGCGCUCAUGCCGCUGACAUGAAAACCCGCGGCGGCACCCAACAAGCACCCGACACCCAACCAGCGUCUGGAUACACCAAACCACCCACCUUGCCGCCGUCCGCUCCGACCAGCAAAAGCAACUCGGGGAUCGGAUCCCCAUUCGACCAGGACCCUUUCGCCGGCUCGACUCCCCCGGUAACUCCCGUUGACUCUGACGACCCGCUGAGCGGCGAGGAGGAUCCGGACAGCCAGCCUCCGCCCACACCCUCCGCCACCCCCGCGCCAAACCCGCCGAAGGAAUCGCCCCCGCCUACCAAACCGGCGCCGUCUCAACCGAAGCCUUCCCCAGUUCCUGCGGCGCCGGUCAAAAAGCCCACGUCAACGCCGUCAGCGCCGUCUUCUGUCGUCUCGCAAGGAACGAGUUCGGUGGGGAAGUCGUUUGGCGGCUCGGCGGGGAAGAGCCCCGUGAACCAAGUGGGGAAGGCUCAAACGGGGACGGUAAACCCGAAGCCCAAGCCCAAGCCCUCGGACGGGAAGGUCAAAGCGAGCCAGGCGGACGAUGACAACGACGUAAUUAUCGGCCCCGCAACCUGCCUCCAGUCUACUCUGUCAGGCUUCACGAAUUCCGUCAACCUGACGCGCCUUGGCGGGUUGAGCCUGCACUGGAAGAUCACGAGCCAAUCAUCGAUCGACUUUGCUCUGGAGGCGAAACCGACAAGCAAGGGGAAGAGCGGAUGGGCCGCCGUGGGCUGGUCCGCGCGGAAAAGCAAGUUCCCAUCAGAUUUGAUUGUUGGUAAUCUGCCGAGUAAAUCCGUCGGAGCUUAUGACAUUUACGGUUACGGCGCGGGCUCGACUCUCAAGUCGAAGUCGGUUCACCUCAGCGACACGAGCAUCGAAAAGCCCGGCGCCGGCGGCUUCAUCGCAAGGUUUACUCGCUCCACGGACGACGGAACGGUGCCAGUCAAUAUCGGCCCGAACCGCCUCAUCUGGGCGUGGUCGGUCGAGAACACCGAGGAUGUCGCGCUCCGGAAAAGUCGCCGCGGCGAGCUCGUUGUUGAUUUCACCUGCGCCGCGGGAGCCCAGCCCGUGACGACUCAGAGCAAGCCGAAAAACCCCGCCGUCCCUUCUCCCAAGUCCCCCUCGCCGUCCCCCAAGACCCCCUCGCCGGGCCCCAAAACCAGCCCCGCUAAGUCUCCGUCCGUUCCCGCUAAGUCUCCGUCCGUUCCCGCCAAGUUUCCGUCAAUCCCCCCAAAGUCCCCAGCUGUCCCCGGUAAAUCCCCGGCAACGCCUUCGCCGAAACCUCCGACCACGCCCGCCAAGAACACGAGCAGCAGCGGCGGCAGCGGAAGCGGCGGAAGCGGGGGGCUGAAGACGGGGAACUCGUGCGACGCGUCGGCCCUGCUGGGAUUCACCUUCUCGACGCCUCUGGUGCUGAACAAGCUCUAUCUCCACUGGAAGAUCAUCGGAACCGACAUUCUCAAGGUCGCCGUGGAGGCUACGCUGAGUCAACAAAGUCAACCCCCUCCCAAAUCCCUCCCCUCAUCCCGCCUUUUCAGGCUCUAUCUCCACUGGAAGAUCAUCGGAACCAACACUCUCAAGGUCGCCGUGGAGGCCAAGUCCGGAACGAACGUGGACAACGGGUGGUACGGGGUUGGCUGGUCGCGCGAAGGCGCCAUGGCGCCCGCGGACGCGGUGCUGGGGAACCUAGCGGGCGGGCAAGUGAAGGCUUACAUGCUGGGGGGCUACACCAAGACGGGCGUGCAGGUGUCGAAUCGGCUCACUCUGGUUUCGCGUCGAUGCGCAAGGCACUGCGAGGGGAACCUGGCGGGCGGGCAGGUGAAGGCGUACACGCUGGGCAGGUACACCAAGACGGGCGUGCAGGUGAAGGCGUACACGCUGGGCAGGUACACCAAGACGGGCGUGCAGGUGAAGGCGUACACGCUGGGCAGGUACACCAAGACGGGCGGGCAGGUGAAGGCGUACACGCUGGGCAGGUACACCAAGACGGGCGGGCAGGUGAAGGCGUACACGCUGGGCAGGUACACCAAGACGGGCGGGCAGGUGAAGGCGUACACGCUGGGCAGGUACACCAAGACGGGCGGGCAGGUGAAGGCGUACACGCUGGGCAGGUACACCAAGACGGGCGUGCAGGUGAAGGCGUACACGCUGGGCAGACCGUGUGGGGUACCACGGGGCCAACCCUCCCCUCCCCCUCCCCUCCCCCUCCCCUCCCCCUCCCCUCCCCCUCUCCUCCCCCUCUCCUCCCCCUUCUCCUUCCCCAGGUUCUACCGGAAGGUUGCUGAUGGCGGGCUGGCGCCGAUAAUGGACCUCAAGACGCCGUCUUACAUCAUCUGGGCGUACGCGCAGGACAUGUUUCAGACGGUGGGGUACCACGGGGCCAACCGCGGGUUGCACCAGAUCGACUUCUCGUGCAAUCAACGGCCCAAGGUGAUCAUGGCGCCUGGGAGCAACAAGAUCAACGACAAGGAUGAUGACGACGAUAAUUGA